AUGUCUAAUUCAUCAUCUGGAUCUGAUUUGAUAAUUGGAUUAAAUUCAUUUAAUCCUUUGUUCAUUGCUCCUUCUGACAACCCUAGUUACAUUCUUGUUUCCAACAUCUUCAAUGGAGUAGGUUUUACAGCUUGGAAAAGAUCAUUGACUAUUUCUUUGUCUACAAAGAACAAACUCAAAUUCAUAGAUGGCUCGCUCCCUCAACCCUCUAUUUCUUCACCUGAAUAUUCUGAUUGGUAUUGUGCCAACUCGAUGGUGAUCAGUUGGAUCUUGAACUCUCUUCACAAGAACAUAGCUGAAAGUGUAUUGUUUCUUAAAACUACUCGUGAUAUCUGGAAGGAAUUGAAUCAACAAUAUGAGCAAGUUGAUGGAGCACUCAUUUAUCAAAUUCAAAAAAAAAAAAUUGUAUUCUAUCAUCAAGGAUCUGAUGACUUUGCUACAUACUUCACCAAAUUAGCUCGAGUUUGGGAUGAAUUGCAAAUUGUUCAAGCUAUUACUUCUUGUACAUGUGUUGUUGGAGUCGAAAUCAUGAAGCUUCUUGAAGAUCAAAGACUUAUCCAAAUGCUCAUGGGAUUAGAUGAAUUAUUCAAAGUUACUCGUGGCUAG